AUGUUCUCUUCCCAAUCUUUCUUCACCGGCCUGCUCGCGCUCCUCAGUCUCUCCCAGACGGUGUCGUCCUUUGCUUAUCAACCGCCUGCCAAUACGGACGAUAGUCGUCUCGUCCAGAACGAGACCUACACGUUUAGGUUCAUUGGUGUGAGCAAUGGGACCUUUUCCCUAGAGACAAGCCUCCCGAGGUCUGGAGACAUAGGCCCGACAACCAACGAAGAAGUGAUCGAGACGAACAUCACCGCGAUCGGUCCGGGUCCGGCCCAGUAUUACAACUGGACUCACACCGUCACCGAACCCUUGGGCAGCAACCUAACGGUGUCCUUGAAAGAGUCUACAGGUGAAGGUGCAAAUAUCAAAUACCUCGUCGUCGAAGAAAACCAAGAAAACUCGGGCUUGGGGCAUCCCACGGCCAGCCUGUGGAUCAUCGGAGCAUCCGCCCUGGUCAUAUCCGCCUCGACGAUCUGA